AACAUUUUUACGUGUGACGUGAACACGCCACGGCAACUUCCGGUGUUUGCAACGCUCUCUUUCCGUACAGCUGAGUCGGUAUAUUUUUCUCGAAAGCUGUUAUUUUGUGUUUUUAUGAACAUUCAGAACGGAAAGUAACGGAUAUAAUUUACAUAGGGAUUCAGUGGCGAGUUUGAAUUUCGCUGCGUAAGUUAGUUUGCUGACGUGUCUGUUUUGAGCCAUGAACUAAGCUGUUGCCUCAUUAUUGGACCUUGUUUGUGGUUUGACAAACUUGCUACGAGACUAAAACUGCAUUUGUCUGUUUCACUGUUCUCUUAAGUAUUAGAUAAUGAACAUUUUGCCCAAAAAGAGCUGGCAUGUGCGCAAUAAAGACAACAUUGCGCGCGUGCGCCGCGACGAGGCUCAAGCUGCAGAGGAGCAGCGCGAGAUUCAGCGGCGAGUGGAACGCGCAGAGCAAGAGGCUCGAACUGAGUAUUUGAGAAAGAAAGCUCAAGCAGCCCUUCAGCAGACAGGAAAAUGGACGGAGGAUGGAGAGACAGCAGAGACAAGCCGAGGGGCCCGAGAGAUUGAACACUUAAAUCUGUUUCCCCUAGAGGACUCAUCUGAAAAGAAAGGAAAUGCAGAAUAUCUCAAAGAGAAGAAGGAAGAGAAGGAGAAACAGGAGCGUGCUAUCGGUCUUUUAGUGUCUUUAGGUCCCGCUCCUGGAACAGAAGUAACUCCCUGGUACCUGAAAGGUGGAAAAGAAAAAGAAGACGAUAGAGACAAGAAAGAGAAAGAGAAAGAGAAAGAGAAAGAGAAAGAGAAAGGCAAAAACAAGCCAAGAAGCAUAACUGAGGAGGAGAAAGAAAAGAAAGACAGAAAGCUGAAAGACAGUUUGGAUCCUCUUAAGGAAAUGAAGAAAGCACUGGCAGUGAAGGACGGGAAGGAGAAAAAGCAUAAGAAGGAGAAGAAAAACAGAGGAGAGAAGAGGAGUGGAGAGAGUUCAGUUGAGAGGUUACGGGCUGAACGGCUGCAGCGAGAAGCGGAGGAGAGGAAAAGGACAAAGGCUUUACUGGAUCAGAGGAGCGGAGGCGGGAAAGAUAAAGAGCAUGAGCGAGUGAUGGGGGAUAGAGACAGACCAUAUAACAGCGCCUACUUUCCUGAAUUGGCACGGAAAAGGCAAAGGAGAGACAGAGAUCAGUAUGGCUUUUAUUAGCUUACAAUUCAAUUCAAUAAGUCUAGAAAUUGCAGAACUGUUUUGUGGUUAGACAAGAAAUUAGCCACGUGCAAAGUGUGAAGACCAUUUAAAAUGACUGAUUGCUACCUAAAAUGCCAUCGAUCUGGCCUCUGCAACCCUUUUAUUGGCAUCAGAUGACUUGUGGGAAAAUAUGGACAAACCAGAAAACCUCCUUUUUGUUUGUGCUUAUAAUGUAAUCUUAUGAUUUGUAGGGUCUGCAUCAGAGUUGUUUUCACACUGCAUUACAGUGUGGACAAGCCAUUAUUGUGAGACUAAACAUUUUUCUUUGCUGGUGAUAUUGUAGUCCAUAAAAUAUUUUGUUCUUGUUAUGUCUAAAUACUUCAUUUCACCCUGGUAUUGCAUAGCUGAGUUACACUGCAAAAAGUCUGGUCUGAAUUGCCACUUAUUCUGGCCACAGUCUGCCCUCUUACUGUCCGCAUCUAAAGGUAAGAUCAUAUAUAUAUAUAUAUAUAUAUAUAUAUAUAUAUAUAUAUAUUAUACAUUAUUCUGAAUAGAACAUUGCAGAAACAAACACAAGUUCUUAUUAUUAAAUAAAGAUUUGUUGAUAUGCUCUUUAUGCCAGUGUCCAGUAUCCUUUGAACAUAUUUUAUUCAAUUGCACUGGUUUAACUUCUCUUAGGAAAUUACAUUACUCUGCAAAACACUUUAACAGUGUCAGCCCAGAAUUCAUUAUAGAGUUUUUAUCUAAAGCAAACAUGAUGUAACUCUUUUUUUGUAUUGUGUCAGCUUGUUACUUGCCAUGAAAAUAGCCAGGGGCGCUUAUAUAAAAUCACCAACCAACUCUGAUAUAAAGCACUUGCAUUUUUUUCAUGUUGUUUUUAUGUGGCAGUUAAGAUAGGUUUAACUGAGAUAGAUUAUACCACAAUAUAUUUUUGAGAAAGGAAAAAAGGCACUCUCUUCAAAGAGUUGUAUGGAAAACACGUCACAGAAAAUGUGUGGAGACUCAAUACAGUUCAGAAAACAAAACAGAAUAUACAUUUUUGUGCAACAGUCGCAUAUUAUGGAAAUACCAUCUAAAGCUCCCACUAGAAAUACUCAUUUUGCCUCUAUUCUUUUUCCUUUGUGGUUCAUAAUAUAAAGCGCAAUUGUGAAUUUUAUGAAUUAAUUGUCCUCAUUUGUAAGUCGCUUUGGAUAAAAGCAUCUGCUAAAUGACUAAAUGGAAAUUCAUAUGCACUGUUUUCACGUUCACUGUUUUCAUGUUUUUGUAC